CUCGAUUCCGCAUUUCUCUUUUUCUGCUUUUUAUUAACAGUCCACACAACAGUCUUCGCUCCGCUUUGCUUCUGUUGUUGUUAAUAAAAAACUUCAACCAGUAGGCAGAAGCUUCGUCAUCUUUUUGGUUUCAGUGUUCACCCACCUCUUUUAAAACCCAAUCAAAGCCCCCCCCCCCCCUCUCUCUGUCUGUAUCGCACUUCCUCUACGGCGAUACUCAAAGGCUCUGCCUGUCCUUGUUACCUCUGUUCCAGUUCUACUUCUAGUCUUCUUUCUAUCCCAGUUCUGCAUUCAUGGCUUCCUUCCUUCUUUUCGCCAUCAUCGUUAUGCACCUCUCUGUUUCGUCUUCGCAGAUUGUUCUGCCUCUCACACAUUCACUCUCAAAUACCGAUUUCAAUCACACCCACCACCUUCUCAAAACCUCUUCCGUCCGCUCCACCACCAGAUUCCAUCGCCACCACUUGGUUCGUCGUCAUGUCUCUCUUCCACUCUCUCCCGGUAGCGACUAUACUCUGUCCUUCUCCCUCGGUUCCAACCCAACUCAAACCAUCUCUCUUUACAUGGACACUGGGAGCGACCUUGUCUGGUUUCCCUGUGCCCCAUUCGAAUGCAUACUCUGCGAAGACAAAUACGACACCACCAUCACCGCCGACACCACCCCGCCCAAUGUUUCCUCUGCCACCCGCGUCUCCUGCAACUCCCCUGCCUGCUCCGCCGUCCACUCUUCUCUCCCGUCUUCCGACAUCUGCGCCAUAGCUCGCUGCCCAUUAGAAAUCAUCGAAACUUCCGAUUGCUCCUCCUUCUCUUGCCCUCCUUUUUACUACGCUUACGGCGACGGGAGUCUGAUAGCCCGUCUGUACCGCGACAGUUUCUCAAUACCCUCGUCGUCUCCCUCGCUUCAUCUACCAAACCUUACGUUCGGGUGUGCUCAUAUCGCACUCGCCGAGCCUAUCGGAGUUGCGGGCUUCGGCCAAGGCCUCCUCUCUCUGCCUGCUCAACUCGCUCACCUCUCCCCGCAGCUCGGUAACCAAUUUUCGUAUUGCUUAAUAUCUCAUACAUUCGACGUUCAUCGCAUUCGUCGACCCAGCCCACUCAUUCUCGGCCGUUACCAGAAAGAGAAACAAUCCGGCGACGACGAAUUUCAGUACACGCCGAUGCUCGAUAAUCCGAAGCACCCCUAUUUUUACUGCGUCGGGCUCGAAGCGGUCUCCGUUGGCAGUACUCGGAUUCCAGCACCGCGGAAUUUAAAGCGAGUAAACGGGGAAGGAAAUGGCGGAAUGGUGGUGGACUCUGGCACUACAUUUACUAUGCUCCCGUCGGGGUUGUAUAAAACAGUGGUGACCGAGUUUGACCGCCGAGUCGGACAAGUUUACGAGCGAGCGACCGAGACGGAGGACCAGACGGGACUCGGUCCGUGUUACUACUACGAUGACUCGGUGGACAAGUACCCGAGGUUGCCCAAACUAGUGCUGCAUUUCGUGGGCAAUACAAGUAUGGUUCUGCCCAGGAGGAAUUACUUCUUUGGGUUCACGAGCGGUGGCGAUGGAGGGCAGAAGAAGAAGGCGGGGUGUUUGAUGCUGAUGAACGGUGGAGAUGACGCGGAGUCGGGGGGGCCCGCAGCUACGCUUGGUAACUACCAGCAGCAGGGAUUUGAAGUUGUGUAUGAGUUGGACAAGCGAAGGGUUGGAUUCGCUAGGAAACGGUGCGCGUCCCUCUGGGAUAGCUUGAACCGCGGCUAACGUUCGCUGGUGGAGUCUCUGCUGGUGGAGGAGUUUUGACCGCACGUGGAGUCUCUGCUGGUGGACGAGUUCAGAGAUUGGCUUUGCUGUAAAAUUGUGAAUAAAAAAAGUAUGAGUUAAUUAAGUGCUUUGUAAAGAAUGAUUGAGAUUAAGAGUGUAUAGAAAAUAUCAGUUUAAUCUCACCCGUCGAUUGUUGGACGUUAGAAUUGUAUUUUUCGGCAUAAAGGGUGCAAUCUCAGCAAGCCACGUGUUAGUAAUGGUCCACACG